AAAGCUGCAACCGGAAGUUGAAAUUGUCGCCACGAGAAGCUUGACCACCGUUCUUCGUUCCCAGGGUUCCGUGAGAGCCGUUUGCCCCACCCCACCUCUUCAACGCUAUCUAUCUCAAUGUACAAUUCUCAGAGAAAAAAGGGGGCAAAGAUAAUUAAGAGUAACACCGCAAAGAAACGAUUCUCAUCUCCCCGACCGGUUCAUCGGAGCAGACGCGGCCUGUCGGCGGUAAAAAUAAAUGUCUCGCCGUUGGAUCAGUGAUUGAAGACACCGCGGUAUGUUCAUGUAUCAUGCACAUGUAACCAUAAUCUACCAUACGGAUUCAAAGGGAAUACAAAAAGCUGAGAGACUUGACAGCGGGCUGUACCUGCGCCAAACGGGAAAAUAACGGAGGAUUUCCACGACUAUCACCUGGAUAUCGCGUUAUACUCAAGGACACCCAACUGCCAAAAACCGCCUUUGCUCGCGCGGAGAAGCCUUCCGAUGUGAGGAGAAAUACAAAUUAACGUUACAGAGAGAAAAAGGACGGAGAAGGGGCCUUUUUUUGGGGUCUGGUCAAACCCUCCGAAAAAAAGCAAGCACCAGCAUCUGUUGACGGGGAGAGGAAAUCAUUCUGACAUCGGCUAAAAACAGGAUAUUAUUGAUAAGGUUGCUAACAUCAACGACGACAGACCACAAAAACGGUGUAUAAUGUGACGGGUUUGAAAGACGUUUGUGAUAGAGCAAGAAGCCCCGGUGUUAGCCGGAUGAUUCACAUGCCGUCAUUUUAAGAGGAAAUAUUUAUUUUUUAAUAAUUUUUUUUCACCCGCCCUCUGAUGUGCUUUGGUUAUAGGUGGAGAACGGAUUGCAAACAACCCCUAAAAAUAAUAACCUAAAAUAUAUAUUUAAAGUGGGGGGGGGGGAAAGGUCGAGAAAAUAUAGGGCUUUGGUUGUGAGUGGAAAUGAAUUGAAUGGCAGUGUGAGAAAUCUGCCGAAGAUGGGCUCCGGAGGAGACAUUUGCCAAGAAAAUUAAACAUAUAUUUAAAAAUAUAUAAAAAGCAAGCGUUUAGAUUUAAAACACCUUUUUAAGGAAACAGGACCACCGACGUUCAUUAAUGUAGGCUACAUUGCAAGGCUGGAAAUUUCACAUCCACUCUCAUAUCAAUGUUGAUGACUUCAUUGCGGAUUUACAGUGAAAAAGACCAGAAUCAAGCGUCUGAGAGGGCGGCAUCGUUGCUCUGCUCCUUUUUUGAGUGAUCUCUUGUUGAUAAACUGCCAGUAAAUAGCCACAUCCAUCCAUACAUAUUGUGCGAAAGCCUGGUGGAGGCCACCGUCUACUACCUAACAGGUUUACAUCUGUUUCAUCUGCAUCUGGCAACAUAAAUGUCACCCAUUUUGAGCCAGGUGUUCCUCCUCUGUUGGGCCACUCUAGGAUUUUAGGAUUGAUUGAUUUUUAUUCUGAUCAACACCCUUCCUCCCUCCCUACACCCAACCACCCACCCUGCCUCCCCCCUGAACCUCUCACUGGGUUUUUGGGAAGAUGGGCUGUCUUGGCAAUAGUAAGACUGAAGACCAACGAAAUGAGGAGAAGGCCCAGAGGGAGGCCAACAAAAAGAUAGAGAAGCAGCUCCAAAAAGACAAACAGAUAUACCGGGCGACUCACCGACUACUACUAUUAGGGGCCGGUGAAUCCGGGAAAAGCACGAUAGUCAAACAGAUGCGAAUAUUGCACGUUAAUGGCUUCAACGCAGAGGAGAAAAAACAGAAAAUUCAUGAUAUUAAAAACAACAUUAAAGAAGCUAUAGAGACGAUUGUGGCUGCCAUGAAUACACUCACACCGCCAUGCAAGUUAGCCUGUCCUGCAAACCAGUGCAGGAUCGAUUAUGUCCUGCACCAAGUAAACCAGAAGGAUUUUGAGUUUCCUAUGGAAUUUUAUGACCAUGCAAAGAUCCUCUGGCAGGACGAUGGUGUGCGGGCCUGCUGGGAAAGGUCCAACGAAUAUCAACUCAUCGAUUGCGCACAGUACUUCUUAGACAGGAUUGAGGUGGUCAGGCAGAAUGACUACACACCCACUGAUCAGGACCUGUUGAGAUGCAGAGUACUGACAUCUGGGAUCUUCGAGACAAGAUUCCAAAUAGACAAAGUCAAUUUCCAUAUGUUCGAUGUUGGCGGUCAGAGGGAUGAACGUCGAAAAUGGAUCCAGUGUUUUAACGAUGUGACAGCUAUCAUUUUUGUGGUGGCGAGUAGCAGCUACAACAUGGUGAUCAGAGAAGACAAUCAGACCAACAGACUACAGGAAGCCCUCAACCUUUUCAAGAACAUUUGGAACAACAGGUGGCUACGGACCAUUUCGGUAAUCCUCUUCCUGAACAAACAGGACCUGCUCGCUGAGAAGGUUUUGGCAGGGAAAUCUAAAAUUGAGGAGUACUUCCCGGAGUUUGCACGCUACACUACACCUGAUGAUGCAAUACCAGAGCAAGGUGAAGAUCCUCGCGUCACAAGGGCAAAGUACUUUAUUCGGGAUGAGUUUCUGAGGAUCAGCACAGCCAGCGGGGAUGGACGGCAUUACUGUUACCCCCACUUCACAUGCGCCGUCGACACAGAAAACAUCCGCCGCGUCUUCAAUGACUGUCGCGACAUCAUACAGAGGAUGCACCUACGGCAGUACGAGCUGUUGUGAUGGGCAGCGGCGUCCGGUCUACUUAUCUACCUACCAACCUACCUAUCUACCCCCCACGACCAGUUAGCCAAUCACCCCCUCCACUUCCACCAACUUCACCAAACAACAGAGCGAGCGUCUGUCCGCCUGCCCUCCCCUCUAUCCUGAUACUUCUCCCAGUAACACAAUUUCAGAAAAACAAAGCAGUGGAGCACUAUUUUUUUUUUUUUUUAUUAUAAAGGAAACACAGCUAAGAAUACACCAACAAGAGUUUCAUCAACUAUUAGCCAGGACUGACUGCACUUUGACCCAGGAAAGAGGGUCAAGACUGGAAUCCCUCAGUGCAGGCUAUCCCUCCUUUUAGCUCUCUUUCUCUCUCUCAGAUAUAUGAACACACACACUCGCAGGUACACACACACUACAUCAUAAGACAUCCAGAGCCCUUAGAUAGGUUUUAAUGUCUCAUAUCGAAGUCACACACACACACACACACACACACACACACACACACACACACACACACACACAGACCCUUUUAAAACCGAGUCCUCCUGCUUUUAACAGUUGGCAGAGGCUGAAUUAAAUAAUGCAUUCUGAGAGAGAGGAGUUUAUUCACCGUGUGCUAAAGACGACGGAGGCGGAGAAGAAGAGAACGAUAGACAUGGAGGGUGGCAAACUGAUACAGAGGAGGGCUGUGAGCCUUUUUGUGCCCGAACAGACGGACUAAUUGACUAACGGCUGGCUGUGGACGUGAGCGUGACUCGAACAUAAGACCACACGGCUCACAUGACCUGCUCUUCAAGCAAUCGAGGAGGGAUGGCAGAAAACAACAAAAAAGGAGGGAAAAAACAACAAGAAAAAUACCAUACAAUGCAUAAAAUCAUGCAUACCAGUGAACUUCAUGCAGUGCAAAAAAUCCAAGCUAUAUAUAUAGAUAUUUAUAUAUGUGUGUAUAUAAAUAUGUAUAUAUAUAAAUAUAAAUAUUAUAUAUUCCUGUAAUAACACAAUUCAACUUUUAAGUUUUUGUUAGUUUUUACCCCAUGUUGUGUGUUGGUGUACACUGUGUGUGUGAUCUGCCUUUGUGCACCAUUUAAACCCCACCCCCCUAACUACACACACACACACACAUCUAUACACACACACAUAUACAUCCUCGCCCCCCUGCCCCUGCUGCUAUUUGACAACUAUUCAACGUAUGGAAAAUAAAGGAGAGGUUUUAUUUAAUAAGGAAAAAACAACGCAAAAGGAAAGCAUGAAGUAAAAGAAAUGACUUUUCAAGACUGGAUGCAACUUACCUGGGAACACACACACACACACACACACACACACACACACACACACACACACACACACACACACACACACACACACACUCCCUCCAGCCCUCAUCAGUCCUCUCCCUUUCCACACAACGUCCUCCUCCCACCUUUCGUCUUAUUCUCUCACCUCUCCCAGUCCCAUUUCCUCCCCCUCCCGGCUUUAAGUACGUCUGUCUUUAUUUUACUGCUGGACUAUUAUUCUUGUACAGACUGUAAAAUGUAUUAUUUUGUACAACUUUAUUGAAGAAAAAAAAUAACUUGUAGAAGAUCCCUGUGCCUUGAUCACGACUGUACGUGUAAAAAUGAGCUAAUGUGUAAGUUAUGUUUCACUGCGCUGUACAGCUGGACGGGUCUGUCCCACCUCGUCCGUGCUAGCUCACCUCCGCUGGAGGGUGGGGGGAGGGGCAUCGGAUCGGGGCGGAGGCCUUUCGUCUGUUGCUUAGUUACUAUUUUUUUCCCCACAUUUGUUUGUUCGUUGAUUCAUUUGUUUUGCUUUGACUCUAUUCUGGUUUAUAUAAUAGGAUUUGAAAAAAAAAAUGAAGAAAAAAAAAGAUAAUCAGACACACCACCUUAAUGCUGUGUAGUGAAAGAUACUGAACCCUAACACAAUUUAAUAUAUAUAAAAUAUAUUUCAGAUUUUAUAUUUUAUAUAUAUGUACUGUACACCUAUAGCUAUCUCCCUUGUGAGCUGUUCCCCAGGUUUCCUUUGCUUUCUGUCAGUAACAUCUGCAUACAUUUUCGAAGGCGGCGAUUCUGGGUGCAACGGGAUGGGUAUUGAUUUCUGUUUUUUAUUUUAGCUUUAACUGUUUUGAAGGAGAGGGAAAUAUCCAGUUGCAAAACAUUGCUUGUUUCUACAUAAACCAAAUUCUUUUUGCUUAAACAAGAA